AUGGUGGAUAGAUACGAUUUCUGGCGUAUCAUGACAACCAUCUUUAAGACCAGGAAGUUGUGGUCGGUGAUUGAAGCCGGUGUUCCAGAUCGACCAGUUGAGGGAGAGGAGACUCCCGCCGUGUUGCGCUUAAAAACUCAAUGGGAGGAAGCGUCAACAAACGAUAUGAUGGCGUUGCAAAUUUUGCAGACAGCCGUGUCGGAUCAAAUUUUCUCUCGCAUAGCACCAGCGAAAACAUCAAAGGAGGCUUGGGAUUCUCUGCAAUCCGAAUACCAAGGUUCUCCUCAAGUACGAUUGAUCAAACUUCAAUCGCUAAGAAGAGAGUACGAAAAUUUGAAGAUGAACGACGGUGACAACAUAAAGAAGAUUCUCAUAUCUCUCCCAGCGAGAUUUGACAGCAUUGUGGCUGUGUUGGAGCAAACAAAGGAUCUGAGUUUGCUGCCUGUGACAGAUUUGCUGGGAACUCUUAAGGCACACGAGAAGCGUGUGGAAGUCCGAAACGAGAACAUGACAGAAGGGGUGUUUUUUGCUAAAUCAAGAGGAGGAGGCAAAUCUGGGUUCAAAACAGACAACGACAAGGGUCAUGGAUCUCAAGGCAAAGGAAAGAGAUGGUGUAAGUUCUGUAAGAAGGAAAAUCACACCGAAUCUCAUUGCUUCAAGAAGUUGAAGACUCAAAACCAGGCGAAGAUGGUGAAUGGCUUACCAAGUUUCAAAGUGAAUCAAGAAGUGUGUGGAGCAUGUAAGCGUGGAAAGCAAGCAAGAGAUGCUUUCCCAAAGGAAUCUCAAACAAAAACAAAGGAGAAACUUGAGAUUGUUCACACAGAUGUUUGCGGACCGAUGCAAACAAUGUCACUUAACGGAAGCCGGUACUUCUUGUUGUUUGUUGAUGAUUACAGUCACGUGUGUUGGACAUACUUUCUUAAAAACAAGUCAGAAGCAUUUGGGGUGUUUAAGAUGUAUAAAGCCAUGGUGGAAACUCAAUCUGGAAGCAAGAUAAAGGUGCUUCGAUCUGAUGGUGGUGGUGAAUUCACAUCGAGUGAAUUCAAUGAAUUCUGCAACCAAUGGGGAAUCGAGAGGCAGAUAACGGCUCCUUACUCACCUCAACAGAACGAAAGAACCGAUCUCUAG